UCAAAUUUUAAGAAUAUUUUGGAAAGCUUGGUUGCUGUAUCCGAUUCUUCCUUUAUAUUAUUGAUAGUACUAUAAUGUGCUAUACAUGAUUUUUUUGUUUAUUAGGUAUAAAGUUCCACACCAGAGAAAAGUUAACAUAGAGGUUGUCGAGGUUGCAGUAAAGGAAAUCACCAGUAAAAAAUACUCAAUGAAAAAGGCAGCUGAAAUCCAUGGACUUAGUAAGACAACCCUGAGUCGGUACUUUCAUAUGUUCUUGAAAACGGGGAAAGUUGAGAGACCAAAUGGACAUUUCAUCUGUGGUUUCUGCUCAAAGGAUUGUGGUACUCUAAGUGCUUUACAAAAUCAUUCUAUACUGCAUCAACGAGAUCUGUAUAUAUGCCCUCAUCCUGGAUGUGGGAAAGAGUUUGUUUUCAAAGCUAAACUCAAUCGGCAUUUUAAAUGUCACCUACCUGCAUCAUUUUUGUGUGAAAACUGUGGAAAUUAUUUCAAAACGAAAGCCAUUUUAGAACGACAUAUAACAACAAGUCACGGGGCCUUUGAGAGACAAUUCUGCUGUAAAAUUUGUAGCAAAGGAUUUGCAACUGAGCGGUAUUUACAGCAACACAUGUUGAGUCAUAGCGAUACUACGCAUCAAUGUGAGAAAUGUGGCAAGGAAUUCAAGCGGAAGUUUAAGUUGAAUCAACAUGUUAAAUUAUGUCAUAUAUACGUAUAACUACAAUGUCUUGGAAAAUGAAUAUAUUUGAUGGAACAUCAUACAAAAAUAUAUCAGUCAGAAAAAUUUAAAUGGACCAUUGAAAUAAUAAGAGGGAUCAACCUAAAGAAAUGUCAAAUAUAGCUGUGAGAAAUACUGUGAGAGCUCAUGAAUACGAAAUGAAUUAACUUAAAUAGUAAAAAAGUCAGUUGAAAGUCAGUUUUUAUGACAGAAAAUAAGUAAUAAUGAAGAUUUUGAUAUGAAAAUAGAUAACUUAUCAUGAAUUAAUUCUUAUGCCUCCCAGUGAACAUGAUACAAUAUUUUACACAAUGUGCCAUCAUAUUUCAUAAAAAUAUUUUGAACAAUGACAGUGUCAUUCCAGCUUGGUACUUCAACAUGUAUGCUAUAAAUGGAUGUGAUAAUACAGAGAUAUGUCUCUAAAUGCUAUUAAAUAAAUCAAGAUUGAAA